ACUUAAAAACCGCCGAGGUCGUUUUAAAACUUCAUUUUGGCGCAACGGAGUUUGUCUUGAUUCAACCCGGGCGCCAUGUUCGCCCUCCGAGUCCACUCAGUGGACGACAACCACCCUCUCUCCAUCUCCUCAAACCCUAACCCUAACUUGGGCGAGCGCAGAGGCAUGGUCCAUCUCUUCCGCAGCCUCUCACUCGCCACCGCCUUGCCACGCACUACCUCUCGAACCACUCUCCUCUUCGUUGUCGCUGUCCCCAACUACCUCUCUUCCGAUGAUUUCAUACGCUUCUGUGGCUCCCACAUCGAUGAGGUCUCUGAGCUCCUCGUCAUCAGAAACGAUGCUGUGGAGGAUCGGUACAGUGUUGUAAUCAAAUUUAUUAAUCAGUUAUAUGCGGAUGCUUUUUAUUGCAUUUUCAAUGGGAAGCGGUUUUCACCUGGGGAGGUAGAUGAGGCUGAGGUAUGCCAUCUUCUGUUUAUGCUAUCAGCAGAAUACACUGAAUCGGCAGACUUCGCCUGUACACCUCCAUCUGGGUUCACAGAGUUACCCACUUGUCCAGUCUGUCUUGAGAGAUUGGACCAAGACACCAGUGGAAUACUGAAUACGCUUUGUGACCACUCAUUUCAAUGUCCUUGCAUUUCAAAAUGGACCAAUUUGUCUUGUCAGGUCUGCCAAUUUUGUCAGCAGCAGGAUGAGAAACCUACAUGCUUUGUUUGUGGAACAUCAGAAAAUCUUUGGGUUUGCAUGAUAUGUGGUUUUGCAGGAUGCGGAAGAUAUAAAGAAGGCCAUGCUAUUAGACACUGGAAAGAUGCGCAUCAUUCCUAUUCCCUUGAUUUAGAAAAACAGCAGGUUUGGGAUUAUGUUGGUGAUAGUUUUGUUCAUCGAUUAAACCAGUCAAAAGCUGAUGGCAAGUUGGCAAUGAUGGACUCUCGCUGUAUGUCAACUGAAGGAGAUUGUGGUACAUACGGGUGUACAGAUGAUUCUGGAAUUAGUACAGCCCUUUUCAGCAGCAAAGUUGAAGCAAUUGUGGAUGAAUACAACCAUCUUCUUGCAACUGAGAUGAAAACUCAAAGACAAUAUUAUGAAUCUCUACUUUUGGAAGCCAAAGCUAAGAGGGAGAGUUCUGUUUUAGAAGCAGUGGAGAAAGCUGUGACUUCGAAAAUGCAGGAUAUCCAGAAUGAACUGGAAAAAUGUUUGGAGGAAAAAAAGGCUGUCUCAGAUAUCAAUCAGAAACUUAUAAAGAACCAAGAUCUUUGUCGGAAAAAGGUCAAGGAAAUUGAAGAGAGGGAAAUUUUGGCAAUAAAGUCUAAGGAUGAAAAGAUACUUGAUUUGGAAGAACAGAUUAGGGAUCUUACAGUUUACAUUGAAGCCCAAAAAACACUCCAUCACAUGACUGAUUCUAAUGACAUCAAGGGGGGAACACUCUUACCAGUACCUUCAAACCAAUCUUCUUCAACCAACACCAAAAGGCACUCAAAAUCAAACCGAAGACGACAUUAGACGGUUCCUCCUCUCUCUCAUAUUGUGUACAGUUAGCAUGAAUGCUUGUUUGGCUAAAGAAUCUGCGGCCCAUGUUAUGUACCCUUAAUAAGGGCAGUCAUUACAUGUUUUUCAGUGAUGUUUUUAAAUGAUAUAUUGCUGUUGGAAAAUUUAGGAAGCAAAAGCACCUUCUUGUUCUUGAAGCAAAAAUCUAGUAUACUAAAGAUGAUGUUACUCGUAUCA